UUCUUAAUGCAUUGCCAAAAUGUAUAUGAUCGGGAAAAAUUUUCGGGAAUGAUUGGAAUUGAAUCGGGAGCAAAAAAAAAAAGCAAUCGGAUCGGGAAAUAUCGGGAUCGGCAGAUACUCAAACUAAAACGAUCGGGAUCGGAUCAGGAGCAAAAAAACAUGAUCGGAAUAACCCUAGUUAGACCCAUACAAAAUAGCUGUCAUUUCCAAAUAAUAAAUGCCAUAUUUUUGUUCAACCUUGCCACAUCCUCAUUGGCAGCCAUUGACGGCGAUCAAUCGCUGCCAGCCUCUCCGAGUCAAAAUGGAGUGGACGUCAAUCACCGUCAAAGGCAGCUAAUGAUUUAAACUACUUGUAGCCUUAAUAGUACGGCUGCACUUUUGCAAAGAGGUUGAGCAUGCGUGUGUGUGGUAUUGAUCCAGGUUAACCCCACAGGGAGACGCACCUAUGACAGGCAGGCACUCGGACAGGCUCAACCCUCCACUAUAAUAGCUUAUGGUGGGCAGAUUAAAGGAUGAGACCUGAGAAACAAGCCGCACACGUAAACGACAAAAAGCAGCGAGCGGGCAGCGCAAACUCUGUCCACCUGUCCAGCGUCCCGCACAGCAAGAGGGGGACAUUUUGCAUGCAUGUGGGGGAGUCGGAAGAUUCAGAUCCGGAACAUUCCACCUCAUCUACAGUGGGAGGAUUUUGACGGCCUUCUUGCUCGUUAUGGUACUGUAGAAAAUGUGGAACAAGUCAACACCGACACAGAAACAGCAGUGGUGAAUGUCACGUACGCAACCAAGGAGGAAGCGAAAGAAGCCAUUGAGAAGUUGACCGGACAGCAGUGCGACGACUUCUCCUUCAGGGUGUCGUACAUCAUGGACCUGGACGCUGCUCCGCCCGUCCAGGCCGCCAGAGGUCGACGCGGCGGCCGCUCGUCACGGGACCAGGAGACCCCUCAGCCAGGACCCUCGGGGGGCUUUGGUGCCCCGCGGCCUAGGCAGCAGCAGGACUUUCCUUUGCGCAUGCUCGUGCCCACUCAGUUUGUGGGCGCCAUCAUCGGCAAAGAGGGACUCACCAUCAAGAAUGUCACCAAGCAGACACAGUCCAAAGUGGACAUCCAUCGAAAGGAAAACGCGGGCGCGGCCGAGAAGCCCAUCACCAUUCAUUCGUCUCCAGAGGGCUGCUCCUCGGCCUGCCGGAUGAUCCUGGACAUCAUGCAGAAGGAGGCCAACGAGACCAAGGCGCAAGAGGAGAUCCCUCUAAAACUCCUGGCCCACAACAGCUUGGUAGGCCGCCUCAUUGGGAAGGAGGGCCGCAACUUGAAGAAGAUUGAAGAGGAGACAGGGACCAAGAUAACCAUCUCCUCGUUACAAGACUUAACCAUUUACAACCCAGAAAGGACCAUCACAGUGAAGGGCAUCCUGGAAGCGCUUUGUAAAGCCGAAGCGGAGAUUAUGAAGAAACUGAGGGAAGCCUACGAGAACGACGUUGCUGCUAUUAAUCAACAGGCCAACCUGAUCCCAGGCUUGAACCUAAACGCUCUGGGCAUUUUCUCCUCCGGUCUGCCGGUGCUGCCCCCAGCUGCUGGACCUCGCGGCUCAGUCCCCCCAGUACCACAAGCAGGAUACAACCCAUUUUUAAGUCACUCUUCACAUCUCAGUGGCCUGUACGGGGUUCCUCCAGCAAGUGCCGUCCCCCACCAGCACUCAGCUCCAGAACAGGAGGUUGUCUACCUCUUUAUCCCAACUCAGUCAGUGGGAGCUCUCAUCGGGAAGAAAGGCCAGCACAUCAAGCAGCUUGCACACUUUGCCGGCGCAUCAAUCAAGAUCGCACCAGCUGACAGCCCCGACGUGACUGAAAGGAUGGUGAUCAUCACCGGGACGCCAGAGGCUCAGUUUAAGGCCCAGGGUCGAAUAUUUGGGAAACUAAAAGAAGAGAACUUCUUUUCUGGGAAGGAGGAAGUGAAACUGGAGACGCACAUCAAGGUUCCUUCCACUGCAGCCGGAAGGGUCAUUGGGAAAGGUGGCAAAACGGUGAAUGAGCUCCAGAAUCUUACCAGCGCUGAGGUCAUCGUACCGCGGGACCAAACUCCAGACGAGAAAGAUGAGGUGUUUGUGAAGAUCAGUGGACAUUUCUUUGCCAGUCAGACUGCACAGAGGAAAAUCCGGGAGAUCAUUCAGCAGGUCAAACAGCAGGAACACAAACACCAGCGAGGCGCCGCCAGUUCACCGCAACACUCCAAGUGACCCGCGGGCGCCGGCCGAUGAAUGUAGCCCUCCCCAAAACGGACAGAGACCUCUAGUCAGACAACGGCCGCGACCCGAGGGGGAACGCGCAGGGCUGACCGGCGGCAGCGGGAUCAAAAAAUAACCAAAGAACUUCAUCGAGAAGGGGAAGCGAGCGAGAGCCAAAGGCGGUGAGCGACGGUGCGCACUGCCAGCCCCGCGAUAACACUCGCGGUGGGAUACUGAUAUUGCAAGAACAUCAAAAGGCGGACAAGCGUCGUCUUCACAAGGUAAAACAGAAACUAGCGCGUCACUCUGCCAAUUUGUUCUCUUUAGUUGGAUUAACAUAAUGUAGGCCUGACACGGAUUAAGCAACUGUAUUAACGACACAAUUAAAUCGAGAUGGAGAUGAACUAUCCUUAGCAGUAUUAACACAGGGUAGACAACUUAUUGAUAUUUACAGGAGCAACCACAUUGAGCAGUUCCCCUACUUUGGAGGGAAAAAAAAAAUCAAAAAUACAAGCCCCAUUUGGAAAUAUGGUGAAUGUUUUUUGUAACAAGCCUCUGUGUGUUUGUGUGCCAAUGCUUCGUAUCAAUUUUUUUCCCCCUUCUCAUCACUCUCUCAUUUGAAAAUUCGUUUUUUUAAGAGGAAAAGGAAUAUUUGAACGUGUGAAUUUUUUCUGUGAUAUGCAUGUGGGACCCGGCACAGCAAAAUGAGUCACAAUAAGGCAAUUUUUAAAAAGUGAGAUUUGGGCAAAAUCAAAUAGGGAUUGAGCUCAGAUUUUUGACAACAACCCUUCACUUGUCUCAAGCGAAGCGCAUUUGUUAGGUUGGACAACCACCCAUUUACUUCACUGCCAUGCAUUUGCAGCGCCAUCCAAAUUUCAUGUUGACAUCUGAUUCGGAAUGCUAGCACGUUCUAUGUUCUUUUCUAAAAAUCAUAUUGUUAUUUACCUUAAGAAUUCAUAGAAAAGUCUGUCUUCAUUAACUCAUUGGCUGCCUUUGACCGUGAUAAAUGUUGCUUUAAAAAUGAACUAUUUUUACAUUCCCCACAAAGUAACUUGGCAUAUGACCAUUUUUAAUCCUGAAACUAAAAAAAUUGAUCAACAGCCUCUUUACUGUUGUAACAGUUUCAAUGUUUUCAUGAACUUAUUGGCUGCCAUUGACGGCGGUAGACAUCGAAUCCAUUUGGAUUGGGAAGGGCUGGCAGCGAUCAGAUCGGAUUUGACGUCUAUUGCCGUCAAUGGCACUGAAACAUGAUCAUUCAAUGCCAUCCAUCCCAGUUCAAAUAUAUUUGACGUCUAUCACUGUCAAUUCCAGUGAAUGAGUUAAAACCGUCAGACAUUGCGUUUUCCGACCAUAGACUAUAUAUCCCACCAAUCAGAAGCCAGUAUAUUUGGAAGUACAUAUACCAACAAGCUAAAGCUUUACUAUAAAACGUCUUUAUGCAUUUGUUAGUUAAUGUUAGCACAAAAGGUAGAUUUAUUAAAAUGGAUAUGAGAUUAGCAAAAAGGAAUUUUCGUCUUUAUACAGCUAGCCGUAAACUGGGAAUUCAUCAUGUGGUUAUUUUUUAAAAUAAAUUGUUUUCGAUACAUACCUUUUUAAAAAAUAGGAUUUUUGAACACUCUGGGAUUUUUAGCUCAUGACAACGGAAUAUUGAAUCAAUAAAUAACAUUGAAUCAAUAAAUAAGCGUCUUGUUGAUUCAAAGAACCAUUAACGUAAAAUACUGUUUUACGGGGAAAUGUCAAUUUUGAAAGAUUUUACCAGAAAUUUUUGCCUUGCAUUUCUUAAUCUCUCUGUGCAAUGUACGACUCAUUUUGCGAUGCCGGCCACAUAUGUGCUUUACAAUGAAUUCCAACAUGGUUGCAGAGUUAUUUUUUUAGUAGUUCAAUUCAAAAAGUGAAACUUGUUAUACACUGUAAAAUAAAAACUUGAAAUUUCAAGUCAAUCAAUUUCACUAGAAUUUUCAAGUUUUAAAGGAAAACUAAAAAAAUCUAGUUAAUUUUGAGUAAAAUGGGGUCCAGUUAAUUCAUUCACUACCAAAGACAAACGACAAUGUUGUUUGUUGUUCAACUGCUCAUAACCAAGGAAAACAAAAUAGUGGAAACAAACUUUUUUUAAUGAUGAAAGAUAGGAAUAUAAUCAUUCUUUUGUAAGUUAUGUGUUUAUGUAACCAAGGGGAUAUCUCGUGACAUGAUGUUUGGUAGUCAAUGAGUUAAGUAUUAUUAACUUAAAUUUUAAGUAAACUGGACUUCCUUUUAUAGUUUGAAUUCAAAAUUUUAUGUAUCACAAGAAAUCCAGCAUGUGGUGUUUUCUGUGCCAGGAAGACCAGUAACAAAACGAGCUAGGUUCUGCUGGAUUUGUAGUGUUUUGGUACUGGUUUUGCUGGUACAAAAACAAGCAUGUGCUGGAUUUCUCAGCAUGGUUUAAAAAAUGUAUAAUAAAUUUCCCCUACUGGGGAUGGAACCCUGGCCUCGCAGUGCAUCUGAUCUGUGGUUAAGGCUAAAUUCACACAACCUAACAUUUCAAGUUCAGCUUGAAUAAAUGGAAGUCUUGCCCAUAAACUUGCAUAGGUGGGUACAGUAGCCAAAAAUUUUACUCAAGUAAGAGUAGCGUAAAGCAAGUAAAAGUAGUCAUCCAAAAAACUAAAAAAGUAUUUGAUGAAAAGAAUACUGACAUGAAUGAGUAACAUUGUAACUUACGUUUUUUUAAACAAUGGUAUUUUUUUUCUCAGCACAAAAUUAUUGUCUAUAUGAACUGUUGUUAUAAUGAUACUGUACAAUAACCCAUUUUAUAACCACAUUAAGCUAAAGAAAUACGAAAUAAAGGAAAAGAAAUCAUUGAAUUCCGCCGAGAAAAAAAAAAGACAGAAAUGAUGCAUUAUUCGCCCAAAGAGCAUGAGUGCCCUCUAGUGGAGAAAAUAGUUCCUAGUUUGAAUAGUGAAUAGUUCCUUCAUAGUUACUAUUAUGAAAUUAAAAGGAUCAUGUCUGCGGUUUUCCGUGGUCAGUCGGCGCCAAAUAAAUACUGGGAGAGAGGUUAAAAUCCACGCUUUUGAGUCAUGUUUUAGGGCAGUGCUAUAUCUCAAAUAAUUCAUUUUUUUACAGUGCUUUAAAGACUCCAUGUGAUUGAAUAGGCUGGCGUCAGUGGCGUAAACAUAGAACGGCGAGCUUGUGUCUGAUUGGUACAAUGGAGUCAUGUGAUUAUUGUUGCGACGUCUCAUUGGUGAAAUUGGUAGAACUACUCUUGGCAUCGCUUAAAAAAAAAAAAAAAAAUUCUAAUAUGUAGAAUAAAGAGGAAAAAUGUAGCGACUCUUGUGUAGCCCAAAGUAGCGGAGUAAGAGUAGCGUUUUUUUCUUCACAAAUCUACUCAAAUAAAAAGUAUGGCUUAGUAAAACUACUCCUAGAAGACAUUUUUUUCUCAAAAAGUUACUCAAGUAAAUGUAAUGGAGUACAAGUAACGCGUUACUACCCACCUCUGCAAACUUGAUAAUUCUAGUUAAAUCAACUCAUUUGAUCAAUACUCAAAAUAACAAGUUACUUAAGAAAACUAAAGAAUUUAAGUUAUGUCUACUUCAAAUCUUAAGUUAGGAUGACUAAUAGGAAAUUCUCUUUUUUUACAGUGAAUAAUUUUAGCGUUCGAUAAAACGUAAUUUCUUAAUAGAAAUGUCACCUCAAAAUUGAUCUUGCAUACAAACUUCCUUCCUUGAAUUGAACUACUAAUAAUAAAUCCAGCUUCCCGCCAAAUUGAGGUCCAUCUGUAUGCGUAAUAGUGAAAAAAUGACUACUUUCAUGGUCCUAAUUAUAAAUAUUAAGAAAAAAUAUACUGUUAGACAAACCUUUUUCAUGUGACGUCACUUUCUCUACCUGUGUUCGCUAAUGCUUUCGCUGCCUUUGACGGCAAUAGUCGUCCAAUCUAUUUUGACUGGGAGAGGCUGGCAGUGAAGCGAAGUCAAGAUGGAUUGGACGUCUGUUGCUGUCCAGAAGUUUGGCGAAGGUAGUAAAGUGAAGUCUUUGAAAAGUGUCUACGUAUUUGAAUGUGCGCACACUCGGCCUUAAGGGGGUGUUGUGUGAGGAUAGCUGGGUUUUUUUUUUGUUUGUUUGUUUUGCUUAGAGGCAAAUGUGAAGGCGCUAACCCUCUCUCAGGGUUCGGGGGAGCUUUGUAAAAAAGCGUGACAGCUGUGAAUGUACCAAACGCAGCCUUUAAAAUAUUAUUUUCCCAUUUUUAAUACUAAACAAAGCAGCCCUGGCCUUGUUCAGCAGUGAUUGUCACCUCAAGAGUUUUAUGCAGGUCCCUCGAAAGCCUUAUUUUAUCACUCAUCAUCGCUAAAGUCAUUGCCACACCUUCCUCCGAGUGCGUGUGUUAGUAUGUCUGUGUAAAUCUAUAUAUAGCUAUAUAUAUAUAUCUUAAAAGAGAGAGUAAUAUUUAUGAAUCUAUUUUUUUUCCUAUUUUGUGAUGAGACCUAUUGAUAUAAAACAAAAAGUCUUCUUUUUCCUUUUUUUUUUUUUUUUUUUUUUUGCCCUAUGGGACACUGCCAUAAUAUUUUGAAGGGAAGUGUUUAUUUUCGUGAAAAUGAAUAAAAAGAGAAAAAGCUGAAAAAAAUGGGAGAACUUUAAAAAAUGAACCAACGCAGGAUGUAAACAGUGCGCGUAUGUCAGUAUUGUGAUCUACCUCAGGCUUCAGGGUACCUCAGUCCAAUCUUUCAUUGCCCCUCAACGCACCCUCUCCCCUUUUUCCCCACGUUUUUUAUGCCUUGUUAAUUGAUCAGUUUGAUCCCUUUGAAUGAAUUUACAACAAAAUGAGCCGUCUCCUGCAAAGAGGAUGUUUUGCCGUUGCUGAGAGGUGAAUUCCAAAAUUUCUGGAAUGGGUGUCCGAAUGGUGAUGGGGAGGAAAACAAAAAGUAAUGCAAAUCUGACGACAGAAUUUAACCGACUGUACCUCCGAAAAAUCAAAUAAAAAGUUGGGGAUGUUUAUGUUGGGUUUGUUGAAUUAUGCUUCUUGUACCUUUGAAAAGCCUGUCGAAUGACCCUUUCCACUCAUUAGGGGAGUAGAUGUCCAAUCCGUUUCAGUUUACAAUGGAUUUGUAUUACUGUCAAUGGCGGAUAAUAGCUGCAUUUCCAUUAUCCAUAGAUCUAGUCAUGGGAACGCCUGAAUUUGGAAAAAACUGUCCAAUAUCGAAUAAAACAUUUGUAUGCUAGACGUUUCGAUAUUCAAAUAUAUCGCCAAAGUGCAACAGAAACACUUUUUAAAAAUUGAUACGGCACAACAUAUGAUCCUACCUGGUCACUUUUACUUCUCGGCUACAUGAAACCGGUUUUGGGCGUCUAUCUUCCCUCAGUAAAAUCUCAUGGGAUGAGAUUUACGAGAGUUACGAGGCUUUAAAAAAGUAUUCAAUGGAUUAUACAUUGCUGAAAUACCGCUUUUAUUUUGCGAGAAACUGGCAUGGAAACGCUACUAAUGAGUUAAAUGAUGCCAGAAAUAUGCACUGGUAGUAGAGCUGGGAAUCUUUGGGCACCUAACGAUUCGAUUAUGAUUACGAUUCAGAGGCUCCGAUUCGAUUAUAAAACGAUUAUUGAUGCACCCCCCUCCUUUUUUUUUUUUUUUUUUUUUUUUUUUUUAAUAAAUGUUUUGUACAUUAGUUCCAAAAUUGUUCAAAAAUACUCUCAGGCUAAACCAAACUACUAUUUCAGUAUCAAGUUAACAUAUAGCAGUAAAUAAAAUAUACAAAAAUAACAGUAAAUAAAAAACUCCAGUCCCCAUUCUGUAUCAGCAGCUUUAAACUACAUUCAAUUAAUUUAAUGUUGUGAAUCAACCGUUACAGUUGUUAAAAUUGAUCCCGUUAUUCCAUAAUUUCCUUUUUGUCUACUUUCGACAUGUGAAAGUUUUAAAACUAUUUUAAAGAUAUAUUCAAGUCAAUAUUUUACCGAUUUAGGAGUAUUUUAGAUAAAAAGUGAAUUAGGUUCGCUACAACAGCCUUGCAGGGAAGUGUACUGCUUUAAGAUGGCGGCCGUUUACUAACGAUCGCAUCUAGUUUUUUGUAGAUGUGCUGCUAACGCUACCGAAUCUAUAUUGCAUCUAGUCCUAUAUAAAUGAUAUCUGCCGUAACAUUAUGUGGAUGUACUUUGUAGCAGCUUUUCGGCAGCAGUCAAGUAUGUUGUUGUGUUUUUUUAUCUCGUGGCAUGAGUUGAGCUAGAGCCUGAGUUGAGCAUUGGCAUUACCUGAGGGGCCGGGUAAUGAGAAGUAUGAUGUUUAGCUACUCUCGCUCCGUUCCUCCAUGCCUCUCGAAGACCGCGCGGCGCGCUGAGUGUGUUGUACUUCCACUUUACUUGGCAUAUUUCAAUAAUCGGAAUUUGAAUCUUCCACGGCCAAAUCGCGAAUAAUCUAACAAUCGGAAAUUUUGCACACCUCUAAUUGGUAGGCUGUAGCUUCACACUUAAGGUCUACCCUACUUAAGGUCUACGUCUACUUUUUGCCGUUUCCUGUUAUGAAAGCUAUUUUAAAAAGCGCAAUUUGUCUCAGGGUUGUUGAUCACAUUGCGCGUGUACUAGUGUUGUUCCGAUACCAUUUUUUGGGGCAUCCGAUUCUGAUGUGUGCCAGUGUUACCAUUAUCACACUUGCUGAAAAAGUAUAAACUUUUUUUUUUUUUUUUUCUGUUAAACUAAGUAACUGCAUACUUGCAUGUAGGUUAAAUCCUUGUUAUAAGCAUUUGGAACUGGCAGCCAUUAUGAAUAGGUUGACCUGUGAUUUGAAAUUUCAACUGCAUUGGUGUUCAUAAUAAUACGAAGAACAUCGUACUCGCUAAUGCCAAUGCCUCCAUUUUAGUGCCGUAUCGGUGCUGCUUCUGAUACGAGCAUCAGUGCAAAUCUAGCAUUUACAAUUUCAUUAAUUUGCAUUCACUUCAACAUAGGAGUAUAAAUGAGUAAUUUCACAACUGUAAAGAAAGAUAUAAAUUCUUUGGAUUACGAUACACUAUGUGCCGAUAUUACAGACCGCUACGAUUCAGGUUAAUGGAGAAUUAUAUUAGUUAAAAAUUUAAGUUACGUUUCACCUUAACCAAUUAAAAAAUACAAAGAAAUUUUGAUGUUUUUGACAAUUUUGUCACUAAAAUUUACAGUCAUUUAAAUGAAAACUAUUUGUUUUGACAAUACAUAUUUAAAAUAAGACUAUGUUGAUCGAUGCUUUGCGUACGCAUCGAUUUUAUUGGAAAAUUUCUUAACAGAUCAAUGGGAUUAUGGGUGUAACUCUAUUCGAACGAUACAGUACUUGCCCAUAUUACAAAAUCCGGCACGAUUCGAAUCAAAGGCCUUUAAAUGAUUUGGUAAAAUAUGCACACAAUUAACACGAAAACACAAUAAAAUAUACGAUGCAUAUUUGGUUUUUGACAAUUUUGUUGCUGAAAAUUCCACUUUUGAACAAAACAGCUAAUCAAAAAGAUGACGAUAUAAUUUGAUGUUGUGAUGUUGUGUUUUGAUCCAUUUCAAUUCAAUUUUGCUUAACAAAUUGUUAUUUCAAUCAGAUCAAUCCACAUCGAUGUAUUGUUACACCCUUACGACAACGACAACUAGCAAAAUAAACUGCAUAGCAAUGCACACAAUCAAGUUUUUUUCUUAAAAGAUAUGUCAAGUUUGUGUUUUAUUUUAUUGUCUUGUUUUAUUAAACUGUAAACUUGGAACCAAACAGUUGUUUCACUGUUCGAACCAGAAAUCCCCUGAGGCAGAAUGAGAACAAGUCUGACACCUUCAGAAAAGACAAACAUGUGUUGUCACUCAAAUUGACAACUAAGGAAAAUUUGAAGUAUUUAAUGGACCUAAUGCGCUUGUUUUGGGAAUUUGGGGAAAAUGGGCAGGUGUGGUAACCAAUCUUACAUCGGCCCAUUGACCCAUUGAAUGUUCAUUCAUCCCUCCCAGUCAAAAUGGAUUGGACGUCUAUCUCUGUCAAUGGCACUCAGUGAGUUCUAAAAAAAAUAAAUAAAUAAACAGGCUUUUCAAAGGUUAAAGAAGCAUCCUUAAACCCUACCUUCCCAACAUUUUGUCUGAUGCUUUUCCCCUAACUGUAACUUCUGGGGGGGAAAAAAUGACCUGUGAAAAAAUAAAUUUUAUAACACACCAGCUGGCUAAUUCUGUUGGUGAUUUUUAUUUUAUUAUUUUUUAAAAAGACAAAAAGACACACAGAGCUGCAAAAAUACACUGACUUUUUAAAUACGGUGUACAAAAAAAAAAUAUUUAGAAUGUAGAACUUUUAGCUGGUGACACUAGUGGAUGUGAGACCAUCGUGUACGAUAGCGUCUCAUGCUACUGUCUCACACUAACGCAUAUCCUGUUUCCUGUUUCGCCGUUUUGUCCUCACCUCUUCUUUUAUUUUUGAAUUUUUUUGCAGUGUACAUUUUGAGGAUUACCUCUACGAAACAAAGACUGACUUUUUUUAUUUAGUUUCUUGCGGUCAGUCCCAGUGAACACACGCAGUAACAGUAACCUCACACAAUGCCUGAGGCAAUUGUAUCUGUCCUCGGCCUGCAAGACCGGCGCGUCACUAGUAGUUCUUGUGCUUAAAAUUAUUGGACGUCACUGGUAAUGGGGCUGUACUGGUAGUUCUUGUACUUGAAAAAAUCAUUAGCUAACUAGCUCGCGUCUAUAGUUUCACAUGGAAGCAAGCUGUUUGUUGUCAAUACAAGCUGUGUCACAAUUCAGGGACUGCACAAUUGAAGUUUGCAUUUGAAGGCCUGUGUGAAGGCUUGUCCCAAGCCAUUCAAACUUGGAGUAAGCUCUUCUCACUCACUCACAAUGGAUCCUCCCCAUAGUCGAUUUGAGAUGAACGUUUCCACCUGCGCCAGCAGGCUAAUCCAAGUAUCCUUUACUUGCUUCUCCCACAGCUAGAAGAAAUCAUCUUAAAUGGCAGCAUCGACAGCAUCAAAUAAAUAUUAAUAAUAGUAUUAAUAUAAUAUUAUAAUAUUAAUGAUUUUUUUUUUUUUGCCUCCAGAUACGGAUUCUACCUCUCCAGUGUUGUUUUUGGCAGCCAUUUUAAUUUUUGUCUUAGUCUUUUGGACGAAAAUACUUACGUAUUAGUCUUAGGCGUAUUUUAGUCAGUUUAAAAUGUGUUAGUCUUCGUCUAGUUUUAGUCAACAAAAACUCAAAUUUUGACUGAUAAUACACACUCAGCAGGAAAACAGCACAUUGUUUGCAAUUAAUUAAACUCACCUGGAGACCAUGAACUGUAUGUAAAAUGUUUUCCAAGAGUUUUAAGAAGACAGUCCCCAUCCUAAUGCUAACAUGAACGCUAUGCUAACACUACAAGUUAGUUUAGUGUGUGAUGAUCACUCAGCAUAGACCUUUAAAGGCUAAAGCAACAUGGCAUAGCUAGCCAAAAUAAAAAAACAAAACUUACCAAACAGCACCUGACAUGUUUCACAAAAUGAGCCUGGAAUGGAGCGCUGAGACGCAGCACUUCACAUAAGUGACACGACCAAACACUGCUAAAUACGUUCUAACUACACAUAGAAUAAGAAAAUAUCACAAAUUGUGAAUUUAUGACGGCAACUAUGGCGAAUUUUCAUCUCGUUCUUGUGUCGUCAGACGACAACUGGCUUCCAUGUCGUUAUGUUUAGUCUCCCAAGACACGUUUUCAGCACAUCAUCAUAGUGAAACAAUCGUUUGUUGACGAAAUCUUUUCGUUGUCGUCAUCGUUGACGAAAACAACACUGCACCUCCCACUUCAAAUAGAUUGGAAUUCUGCUAGUGAUGAACUAAUUUGGAUUCAGACGAAAUAUUGGGCAUCUAUAAUCUUAAGAAGGGUGACACGCGCUCCUUUUUUUACGGCGGCAUGCUUAGCUGACGGCCAUCUUGGGUGGUGCUGUCGGAAUCUAGAACUCAAAAAGCACAUAUUGUGCAGCAUUGGCACGUUUUUUUAUAGUACAUCCUCCCUGAUACCGAUGACGGCAUUUUAGUGCUGUAUCGGCACAACACUACUUAUAAGUCAAACCAUUCACACUUCACAUACAUUUUUAUUGUAGGGUUUUUACUUAUUCGAAUGUCCAAUGACUUAUAUUAAACUAAAACCCCAAAUUCCGUCAAAACGUGACAUUUGGUUGCUUAAUUAUAGUUUGCUUGACGGGUCAGCUAUUUUAUUGAUACAUAAGAAAAUUCAUUUAAUUUUUUACAAGAAGGAAAUACACCAAAGACUAGACUAUCCAUCCCAUUACCGGGAAGAGGAUCCUCAGUCACCCGCGUCCAGCAGGAUGCAGUCUAGAAGGAUGAAGACCCUGAAUUGGGACACAGUUACAGACUUCAAUAUGUAGACGCCUAGUUGACAGGGAUGUGGUUGAGGUUAGGGUUAUGAAUAGGAUUACCUGUAGACCACUGCCAACAAGGCCCCAGUCUUGCAGACCGCAGACAGACCCUUCUCGCCUGAGGCUGCUCCUGCCUCCUUUCUCGCGAUUUUAGCCGGUGAAUUGGGCACUCCCAGGGUGCUUUGCUAGUGUACCGUUUUUUGACUUGGCAGAGGACGACCUGUCUUUCUGCCUUCCCUCUUUGGGGCUCUUUUAAGCGCAGCGUUCCCUCUCCAAGGUUGGACGCUCUUCCUUUUUGCGAGGUGGUGUUUUCUAAGGUUUUGGGGGUGUUGCUAGACUUUUAAUACUCAGAAACUGAAAACCACACUUAACACACAUCACUGAGGAUGUAUUAUUAGCGAAUUUAGUCAGAUCACAACGGUGGUUGGAUAGUUGUCGUUUUUUUUGUUUUUUUUCUAGGUUUAUUUCGUCUUCUGUCGAUCCGGUUUUCUCGUCACCGACACUGUGUAGAUGAUUCUUAGCUUCAAAGUUUCAUUACAGUUAGACUGCUGUCGACAUUCGAGUCCAAAACGGGACGAGUAGAUUGACAAGAGGAUCGGGGUUUGUAAGAAUAGAACAAUAGGACAUUGGACGAGGACAAUUGCGGUGGUGUUUUGUUCAAUGACACCUCAUAUAGCACUAAACUUCGACUAGUGGUUUUACACAUCUCGCCGUUCGGGAGAUUCCUCGUGUGUGUAUGUGUGUACGCGUGUAUGUGUGUGUUCAAUAAGUGAAACCCCUCCAAUGUCUCCGAAACGCGUCAAAAGGUCACUGAUGAUUCCGAGCGUUCUGUUGUUUGACUUGUGAGUGAACUGUAUUGCUGAGUAAAUCUGGAUCUGAGCAAUAAACACCAUUUGAAAAAUG